UCUUCCGGACUUUUGGCUUUGGAUCGACAGCGCGGUUUGUGGCUGUGGCGCACCAUGGGCAGCCCGCUCACGCGCCAGCAUAAUAUCUUCUGUAAAUAAACAUGUGUAGUAACCUCUUUACUAUACUAGAAAACGGUCACAUCGUGUAUUUCUGUACUUUUUGCGCUGCGUAAGAUUCAAGCCACAGACGAGCAGCCGGAUCAGGUGUGAGGCAUCCGGUGGACCGAGGAAGAGGAGGAGGAGACUGUAGGAAAGAAGGGUUACAGCAGAACGACGGGAUUUAAACACAGGACACUUGUUCUCUGGAGGACAGACUGAAACAAAGGAGCAAGUUGGUCCAGGGAAGAAGAGAGGAGAUGACGGCCAGCACUUUUCUCCUGCUCUUUACUCUGUCUCUCACAAGUAUCAGGGCAGAGAAUGCAGAGGAGCGGCUGGUGAACUACCUGUUGGGACCAGAGCGCUACAACAAACUGAUCAGGCCAGCGGUCAAUAAGACCCAGCAGGUCACCAUCUCCUUACAGGUGUCUCUGUCGCAGCUUAUCAGCGUAAAUGAGAGAGAGCAGAUAAUGACGACCAACCUGUGGCUGUGUCAGGAAUGGAACGACUACAGGCUGAGAUGGGAACCAGAAAAAUAUGAAGGCAUCAAGAAACUACGAAUUCCAUCCAAACUCAUCUGGCUUCCUGAUAUAGUGCUCUACAACAAUGCCGAUGGUGUCUAUGAGGUCUCCUUCUAUUGCAACGUGGUGGUCUCCAACACAGGGGACAUUUUUUGGCUCCCGCCGGCAAUCUACAAAUCGGCCUGUGCCAUCGAGGUGCAGAACUUCCCCUUCGACCAGCAGAACUGCACUCUCAAGUUCCGCUCCUGGACGUACGACCACACGGAGCUGGACCUAAUCCUCACCAGUGACUAUGCCAGUCGCGACGACUUCACACCCAGUGGAGAGUGGGACAUCGUGUCGCUGCCGGCACGCAAAAACGAGGACCCGAACGAUAUCACCUACCUGGACAUCACCUACGACUUUGUCAUCCAGAGGAAGCCGCUGUUUUAUACCAUCAAUCUGAUCAUCCCGUGUGUGCUGAUCACAUCGCUGGCUAUCCUGGUUUUCUACCUGCCGUCAGACUGCGGCGAGAAGAUGACGCUGUGUAUCUCGGUGCUGCUGGCCCUCACUGUGUUCCUGCUGCUGAUAUCCAAGAUAGUGCCACCAACCUCUCUAGCAGUGCCACUCAUCGGUAAAUACUUGAUGUUCACCAUGGUUCUGGUCACUUUCUCCACCGUAAGCACCGUCUGCAACCUCAACGUACACCACCGCUCCCCCUCCACCCACCACAUGCCCAGCUGGGUCAAGCGCCUCUUCCUAAUCCAACUGCCCACCUUCCUCUUCAUGAGGCGCCCAGGCUCUUCCAACGUCCGCAACAAACUCCGUCAGAAGUACGCCGACCGAAGCACCGUCAGGAAAAGCCGUUCCCAGAGCUGCAUAGAGACGAAGCAGUACUCCAACAUCAGGCUCGGCGGGAUCCCAACAGACAGUGACUCUAUCUACGUGAACGAGGAAAUGGCCCACAGGUUUUGCUGGGGAGCGGGCGACACCCCAGACGGGGGCGGUGGUUUUUCAGACUUGCAGAGGUCUUUGGAUGGUCAAUGGGAUGCAGACCUGGAGGAAGCAGUGGAUGGAGUGAGAUACAUCUCCGAACAUAUGAAGACAGAGGACUAUGAUGAAGGGAUCAUUGAGGACUGGAAAUACGUGGGCAUGGUGAUAGACCGUCUGUUCCUGUGGAUCUUCAUCUUGGUGUGUGUGGUGGGAACACUGGGGCUCUUCAUGCAGCCGCUGUUCCAGAGCUACAACACGCCCACUGCUGACGACACUGAGAUUCGCGAUUUCUAGGAUUUCUUUGGAACUGAAAAUGGAAACAGCUGAGUCAGCAUCUCUCAUAGGGACUUUGACGGAGUACACCAGCUGAGAGCGGA